AUGCAUCUCGUCAUGGAUUACUGCGACGGUGGGGAGCUGUACGAGGCGGUGGAACGACAGGGAAGGUUUCCGGAAAAAGAGGCCGCGAGGGUGUUUAAACAGCUCGUGUCGGCCGUCGCGUAUUGCCACUCUCAGGGCGUCAUGCAUCGCGACGUCAAGCCUGAGAAUAUCCUCCUCUCCGCGUCGGCAUCGUUGUCCGCGUCGGCAUCGUUGUCCGCGUCAUCGUCGUCUUCCGGCGGUCGUUCCGGCGGGGAUUCCGGCGCGGUCUCCGGUGCCAAAGGCGUUGCGGCGCCGCGAGAAGCAGUCAGCGUGAAGCUCGCGGAUUUCGGGCUCGCGGUUCUUCUCGCCAAGGGCGAAAAGGCCUCGGGAAUCGCGGGAUCGCCGCUAUACAUGGCUCCCGAGGUUGUUUCUAGCGAGUACGACUUCGCCGCGGACGUGUGGUCGCUCGGCGUGGUUCUUUACAUCCUCCUCUGCGGCGCGCCGCCUUUCGGCGGGAAGGACGACGCGCAGAUCAUGCACUCGAUCUGCCACGACGAGCCGGAUUUCUCCUCGCCCGCGUGGCAGAGCGUUUCGGCGGAAGCCAAGUUGUUCGUCCGGUGCCUGCUAGUUAAAGACCCCGCGCGCCGCCCUCCCGCGUACAAGCUCCUGGCGCACCCGUGGAUCCUCGUGCACACGCGCGGCGGGCGGAUCGUACGGCGGAAGGUGUUCGCGAUGAACGGACGGCCGGCAAGAGCGGGCGGCAUGAGCGCCGCGGUGACCGGCGGGUUCGCGUCGCCCCUGCGGCCGCGAACUGGGCCUCUCCCGGGGUUCGCGGUGGGAACGCCGGUGCGGUCGCGUGCGUCGACGAGCGUCGCCGCAGCGCUUCUUUCUCCCCUGCCGACUGCUGCUGUGCCGCCAGUGAUGACGCCAACGAUGACGCCAGCAAUAGCGCCGCUCUUGUCCCCGCAGAUCGGGGUAACGCCGAUUUUGGGGCGAAUCGCGGCGAUGCGCGUGGCCGGGUCGCCAUCGCCUCUCUCCGCGCCGUCGAUUCCGCCGUCUCCCGCGGGGCACGCGCAGUGGGUUGCGCCGUCGCCCGUGUUUGGAUCGCCGCUGGGAGGAGCGGGCAAUGCGGUGGCGGUGGGUUCUCCGUGGUCAGCUGUGGUUGACACGUCGCCGUUCGUCUGCCGUACUGCGCCGGUACAGUGCCAGCAACCGUUCCCGCUACAACUGCCACAGCAGCCGCUGCAACCGCAGCGACUGUUCCAGGCGCAGCAGCCUACGCAGAGUGAGAAGGAUGGGAAGGUGGAAGAAGGGAAGGAGGAGGAUGAGAGACGAGCAGCUUGGGAAUCGGACACACGGGAAGAGGAGGAGGAGGAGGAGGAGGAGGAGGAGGAGGAGGAGGAGGAGGAGGAGGAGGAGGAGGAGGAGGAGGAGGAGGAGGAGGAGGAGGAGGAGGAGGAGGAGGAGGAGGAGGAGGAGGAGGAGGAGGAGGAGGAGGAGGAGGAGGAGGAGGAGAAUGGAGGGGCUGUGCUGCGGGAAGGGAAGAGAGACGCUUGGGAGUUGUAUCGUUCCGAAUAA